AUGGUAAAUUCAGGCUACCAAAUUUUUGACCUUUUCAAUAUCAAACACAUUCAUUCACCAAGGUAUCAACAAAAGCCUAAUCAAUUCAGAUCAAAUGUCGCUAAUAUGAAUAUCACAUACGAAUCAAACUCAGUUAAAGACUUAGCAUUGGAUGAUGUAUCAACAUUAAAUUAUGAUUUAGACUCAGUAGAUAGUUUCCCAUUCCCCAAAUCAAUAAUAACGACAGAUUUCAAAAAUUUCAAUUUAGAAGGAAUCGAUUCAUUUUUAUACAAGAAUCAUAGGUUUACAUCAUUAGAUCAACUAAUCAAGGAUUUAAAAUCACUUUCUACAAAUUUGAAUCAAAAUUUAAUAGAUUUAAUUAACUCAGAUUAUAAAGAUUUUAUAAAAUUGGGUAAAUCAAUAAAUGGUGGUAAUGAUUUGAUUAAUAAUUUAUUUGAGGAUUUAAAGAAUUUCAAAAUUGAGUUACUAGAGUUUUCAAAAAAAUUUAACAAACUAGAUACUGAAAUUGAAAAAAUAUUAACUCAAAGAUUCAACUUAAUUGAAUUAAAGACAAAUAUUAAAUUGAAUUUACUAUUAAAUGAUCAAAUAAUUCAAUUCGAUCAAUUCAUAAAUUUAGUGAAUAACAACCAUAAGAAUGAAAAAAAUCUAACCAUUAAUAAAGAAAACCUCAAAAAACUCACAACAAUUUAUUUGUCAAUACUAAACAUAAGUGAUUAUUUAGAAUCAAUAAAAUUAAAAAAUUCAAUCAUUGAUGAAGACACGGUAUCAACCACAUCCUCAAUUGUAUCAAAUCAUAAAAUUAUAAGUAAUUUUGAAAAUAAUUAUAUAUAUGGUAAAAAAUCAUCAAUCAUUAUUGAGUAUAAGAGUUAUAUAAAUUCGUUAUUUAAUGAUAUUAAAAAAUAUAAAGAUGAUCCUGAUUUGGUGAUGGAGAUUCUAAAUAUUCAAAAUUUAAUACGAAAUAAUUGA